UAUUUGCUUGUGCAGUAAUUUGAACGUUGCUUCUCCCCAAUAAUUGCUUUUGGUGAAACCUUUAGACCUAGGGUAGAAUGGAGACCCAAGACGCUGUGCCGAGCGUUAAUAGACGUUUCUUCGUUCCCGGUGAUAUUGUAAUGUCGUGUAGUCCUCUGGUGUGGGUCCUUGAGCGCAGUGCCUAUAAAACCCACUGUGCCUAUUGCUUUCGCGAUAGCAAGCAUUUACGCAAAUGCUCGGGAUGUUUGCUGCAUUACUACUGUAACACCAGGUGCCAGGCCGCUGACUGGAAAAUGGAGCACAAGAUGGAAUGCGCCCUGCUGAAGGAGAUUGGCAAAAUGGAGAGCACGGGUACGAGCCGCAUCAUCUCUGCGGUGGCAGAAGGACUUACGGGUGAAACUUCGAACGGUUUUCCCGUGUCUAGUGGUACUCUCACUGAUAUGAUCAUCAAAUUGGACUUCAAAAUUAGGAUGAACGCAUUGGCGAAUAAUCCAGAAAUGGCUCCGAAAUCUCUCCGCGAUCUUCUGCUCAUGUUGCCGGCAAAUCCCGUGUCAGCGGAAGCUGAACGCGCGAUCCAACUGAAAUUCUCCGCCAUGGAACCGGGAAGUUCCGUGCCGGUCAUCGACUGCCUGAAGUACUAUACUAUCUUCAGCUGUAAUGCAUGGCCCCUGUACGCUGCGCUGACCGGUAACGGAAAUCCCCCGAUCGGUUUCGCGCUGUACCCACAAGCGCCACGGCGACAAAUGACGCCGGUGUGUUGGGAUGUCAAUGUUGUGGUUAACCGUCGCGGACGACGAUUAUUCAUACAUGCGGUGGAAGAUAUUCCACAGUACACGGAACUUAAGGAGUUGCGAUACAGUGACGUACUGGAGCCAUCUCGCCAAACAAAAGGAGAACGACGCGAGCAGUUCCAGAUGCGUCACGGUUAUCCGUGUACUUGCCGUCGAUGCAAAGAUGAAUAUGAUGCUGACAUUAACUCGUUGCGAUGUGUGACCAGUGGAUGCACCAAUCGGAUUCCCAGCGAUAGCCGUGCACUGGCGCCCUGCGCGCAAUGCGGUGCCACUAACCGUGACCGUUUGGCGCAAUUCCGUCAUUUUGUGCAGGAGUUUGAAAGCAUUAAAUGGCGUCACGUGGAGUCCCUUGCCAUAGCGAUGAGCAUGGUCACGAAGCUGGGACAGGAUGUGGAGCUGGCCGGCAUUUUGCAGCCGGAUGCGCAUUUCCGUUUUGUCUGCGGCUGGAUGUUGCCGACCAAGUACUUCAAUGAGGACCGCUUGGGUGAUGGCUGGAAGAUGAUCCAGCAACUGACUGCCUGCAUGCGAAAGAUGUAUCCAAAGUAUGAUGUUUUCCGCGGUCUGCAACUGAUGGGAUACGCAAUGGCUGCCACUACUGCGCUGUACGAGCGAGUGGUGAAUGGGACAGGUCGGUUGUCGGGACCGGCGGCAAAUGAAAUGGUCACAUUGGCUCCUGAAAUAUGUCGUGUUGUAAUCGAAUACUGCGAGGAGGCCAAAGAAAUCUUUACUGUUUUGUUUGGGACGGAGUCCAAGGAGGUGCAGGAAGCCGAUUCUACACUGGAGCGUGUGACUGUGAUUAUAGGCCCCAUCGAGCGAGGUUUUCGCGGUAGUGAACCCAAAGCAAUGUGAAAUCUGAUUUUUGGCUUCGAGUAUUUGUUUAGUCUUUACUGUUAUGAGCUUCGGUUUUUAUAUGCUUACAUAACGGUCCUUAUUUUACCUAAUUGUC